CGACAUGUCUCUACGAGUAAUGUCUUUAAAGAGAGCUUUUCCCGAAUUGGAUCUCAAGGUGAGUACGCCCGUGGUCACCGAUGAACGCUACUAACAGCUUAGCGAUGAUUCUCACAGCGCCGUUUGCAGGCAGGGCCGAUCCCAACACGUUCCACGGAAUGACAAUAUCAUCUGUGUGUUCGCUUUCCGCGGAUCCACCGCUUAUUCAGUUUAACCUCCACUUGCCGUCAUUCACGUCGCACCAGCUCCACAGCCACGAGACCUUUGCCAUCCACUUGCUACCCCCCACGCAAAAGUCGGUGGAGCUCGCGCGAUUGUUCAGCAAUGGUGUAAAGCGGAACAAGGUUACCCAUCAGUUCGAGAAAACCGCGCCAUUCAAGCAUCUUGUAGAGGGCAAGGAUUGGGAGUUGGCGUUUGAGCUGGGGCCGGAGAAUAUCCCGGUGUUGAGCCAUUCGGAGCGAAUCUUCAUUUGUCGUAAGAAGGAGGUGUUUACCGUCGGUGACCACGAGAUUUGGGUGGGUGAAGUCCAGGAUAUUAAAUGCCACGAAGCGUUUCACGAUAAGAACAAGACCGGAGGGUUACUCUUUUUCAACCGUGGGUUCCACAUUAUUGGCGAAAGGUUGGUUGAGCAGAAGUAGUGAAAACUACCUUUGCCAGGCUUAUGAAAUUCUCCAACCAAGAGACCCUUCCAUGUAUAUACAAAAUAGAAAUAGAGAUCGUAAUAGUAC